UUCACUUUGAUUUCGAAGAAUGCAAUGUACCUAUACAUAUUCAUUGCGUUCCUUUUAGAUUAUAUAUAUAAUCUAAAAUUAAAUUAUUGAAGGCAAUAAAUUAAUAUAUACUAAUUUCGUAGAAAUACAUGUUGUGACUUGGACCGCACGUGCGUUUAACUGAUAACGAAUAAUUUUGUUCCAAAAAAACAAUCAUUAGCCAUACGACCCUCCAGCUGCGAGUAACUAGGUAUAUCUUAAGCGUAUCAUUCGCAUAUUCUGUAAGACUUACCUCCGAACUUUCUUACGAAGUAGACCAUGACUUGGUGUGUUGUUAAUUUUAUGGAUGAUAAUUCAGUGGAAGUUGUUCCCGACUUUUGGUUUAAUCACAAAACUGGAAUGUGUGCCUGGCCAACUAACCACUUAAAUAACAGUCGGUUUAAUGAAAAAAGGAGAAUACCGAAUAGAAAAAAAUUUAAAUAUCUCAGUCAGGGUUUUCUCUUAGUUAAUUUUUUGGUUGCAAGAAAAAAAUGUAGGCUUGCUGAAGAUACAUCUGAUUUAGAUGGAUUAUCAUCUAAACGAAAAAAAGUAAACAAAAAGUUUAAUUCUAAACGGUCUAAGAGGUUUACUCCUAAUUCAUCACCUGAACCUGCUGAUCUAAAAAUUGAAAGUGAUUGCCUUUUAUUUUCUUCUGAAUCUGAUGACGCUAAUUCACCAAAUAAGCAUAAUUUUUCAUCUCCCAGUAAAAGAUUAGUCACACCAAAAAUAUCAAGCACCUUAUAUUCUACAAAAUCUAAGAACAUGAGUAUCACUUAAUAUUUUAAUAAGUUUUUAAAUUAGAUAACUAAUUAAAAGUUUGUUUUAGCUGAAUCUCCAAAAAUACGCAAUCAUUUACAAAUCAACAAUAAUUGUUCAAGUAGCCCAAGAGUUAAUAUAUUGAGAGGUGACGACUUGGGCCACGCAACGGAUUGUGGAGUCGCCACCCUCAUGGCUCCGUUGCAAAAAGGAAAAUGGGUCGCCAACCACUUAGGCGAGGGUCUUGACAGAAAAGAACAACACCCGGACCAUAAGUGGAUUUAAUAGAAAAAAAAUUUAAAAAAAAAUAAUAAGAAAACCAAUAAUAUGCAUUUUGAUGAGAUAAAGUGAAUUAAAAAAAAUUUUAUAUAUAUAAACAUAUACUAAAAAUAUAAAGUGUUGUUGUAGACUAUAAUACGCUGAUACCUUGUAAAUAUAACCAAUAUGUUUGUUUGAUGUCACCAGUGGUGGACAUACUUUAGUAUGUCGAAGACUGUUACCUUAAAACUAGAGAAAAUGAUUUAAAGGGAAAAAAAUAAGAUACACGUGAAUAUUGAAGAUAUUCACGCAAUAAAAAGAUUUUUGUUGAUUAUGAAUAUUAAGGGGAUUUUAUUUAAUUAUUACAGUUACAUUAAUAGUGGACAAAACCCGAAGGCAAAAACCACUCUGAAAAUGAAGGGACAAGAGAGAAAAAAAAAAACAAUUGUUAAGACAAGAAAAAAUUUAACCUACAACUUUUAAAUAUUACACGUGAAGCGUCUUCCGCAUCGGAACAAGUCCGUGUACUCCGGGCGCGGCGGAUAAUUUCUGUAAUCUGGCCGGCCGGACCGUACUUGGGUACUGCGGGAAUAAUAUAUAUAUAUAUAUAUAUAUGUGAAAUAUACAUGACACAUCACUGACCAAUAACCUUAUAACCAGCAACGCUAAAAUUAUUUAUAUCUCAUAAUAAAAUUAAUUUAUGACAGAAAAAGAAAAAAGAAAGGCUCAAUACAUUAUAUUAAAUAAAUAAAAGAAAAAAAUCAACAAUACGAUACCCAGUCCCGGAUGGGACUCAUCCUAAGAUGGGGAUCUCGGCCCCGGAAAUGGCCAACGCCUUGCUGAAUUAAUACAUUAUAUUUAUAAACGAACACGAGAAAAAAAAACUAUAAUUGGCUGCACGCACACAGCAAAACAGACCACGACGGUGGUUCAAAGGGAAGAGAGACUACGAAAAAAUUUCUACACACCGGGCGAGACACAACGACGACGAACCCGUUUGGGAGAGGGUAUCGGCUUAACGAUUUACAAAAUAUACAACAGAUAAAAAUAUGAACAAUAUUAGAGUUAUACAGGUAUGGACAGUGGUGGCCAGUGUAUGUGUCAUAUAGGGAACGAUUGUUAAACUGAUAAAGAAUAUUGUGUGUAUAGCGUUCACCUUGACAGCAACAGUACAGUUUUCUGAUUACACGGCCGGAUAUAACGUACGCGCGCCCAUUAGCAAAGCAAAACAGUAAUCUAUCAAUAUCAUAAAAUUCACAUUUUGUCACGUUACAAUAUGUAAGUAUUAUUUUGUGUAGGAGUAGAUUUUCAAAGUAAAAUGUUUAAAAACCAACUUUUCAUUAAAUAUGAAAUUAAAACAAUAAAUGAAAAAUUGGACAUUUUGUUACAAAAUUUUGAAAGGUUAGAAAAUUUGAAAGUACUUGCCACUUCAGAAAAUAGCUCCACAACUGAUUAUUCAGCUAUGGAUUGUAUCUUCCCUAUUGAAUUGGAGACUGAUUUAGAAAGUGUGAAUGUGCAAAUUUUAUCAGAUUCUACUUACCAAAAAAAACUGGUAUGGUUAAUUUUUUAUGUUAAAAUAAUUAAUCUUCAAUAAUGUAUAAAUGAUUAAAGAUUUUUCUAAAAUAAUAGAAAUACAUAUUAUACUGAUACUUCUGACUGUAAAGCGGCCCUCACACGAUCAAUAUUACUGACAGUAUAAUUAUUGACAGUAUUUGACAUUACUGUCAGUGUACUCCUCAAACGGUCAGUAUAAAUUAGUGUCAAUACAUCAGUACUGAUCUGUAUUUACAUUGUUCGGGUGUUCGUUUGGUCAAUUUUAUUAAAAUGGACGAAAAUCGUCGUAAAGCGUGCAUAGCAAUUAUUUUAGCGUUUUCUAUUCCAAGUAAACGGAUAACUAAUAGGAAGCGAUGGGUAAAAGAAUGGAUUAGCAAACGUAAGAAGUAUUGUCAUUUAAAUCUGUUAAAAGAAAUCGAGCUUUCCGACCCAAAAGACUACCAGAAUUAUUUUCGAAUGAACAGUAACAUCUAUAAUAAAUUACUAAGCAUGGUAGAACCACUUAUUAUUAAGAAAAAUACUAAUAUGAGGGAAAGUAUUCCUCCAAAUCAAAGACUGGCUCUUACUUUAAGAUACCUUGCAACUGGGCGAUCGUUUGAAGACUUGAAAUAUUCUGCAGUCAUCGCGCCAACAACCAUAAGUGAAAUCGUGAUGGAGACUUGCAAAGCUAUAAUUACUGUUCUCAAGGAUCGCAUUCAGCUUUCACAGACUCCUGAAGCAUGGAAAAUUGUUGCGAGUGAUUUUAAUUGCAAAUGGAAUUUCGGUAAUUGUUUGGGAGCCAUAGAUGGCAAACACUUGAACAUAAACCCCCUAACUCGGGCUCCAUGUACUAUAAUUAUAAAGGUACAUUUAGUAUUGUCUUGAUGGCGGUAGUUAAUGCGAAUUAUCAAUUCACUAUGGUAGAUGUUGGAGCAAAUGGUAGAAUAUCAGAUGGAGGCGUACUGUACUACACAAAAUUUUGGGAAAAAUUUGAAAACCAUACUUUAAACAUUCCACCACCGUCAUGUUUAACAAAUACUAUUGAAAAAUACCCUUAUGUAUUUCUUGGCGACGAAGCAUUUUCAUUGAAGACUAAUCUUAUGAAACCAUAUAGUCGACAUGAUUUGACUAAUAAGCGCCGUAUUUUUAAUUACCGCCUUUCGCGUGCCCGUCGUGUGGUAGAAAACGCUUUCGGAAUACUAGCCAGUCGGUUUGGAGUUUUUCAAAAACCAAUAAACCUCGAACCAGACAAAGCGUCUACAAUUACAUUAGCCUGCUGUUAUUUGCAUAAUUUCUUAAUAGAAAAUAAUAAACAUCUUUAUUGUUCAAGAAAUGUACUCAUAACAGAAAAUUUGGAGACAGGUGAACUUCAAAUUGGCGAUGAAAUAACCGAAAAUGUGUUAACUCCUUUGCAAAAAAAUCCUAUUCCAAAUAAAAGUGCGAAUGGGAAAAUGGUAAGAGAUAAAUAUUGCGAUUACUUCAGUGAAGAAGGUCAAGUCCCA